GGUAACUGUCCCCGAGAAGCCAGCCUCGCCCGCCCGCUGUGCGCCCAGCAAACCCUCGGAGGCAGGCCGCGGGCAGCGAUGACAGGGGCCGCGGCCACCGCCCGGCCAGCGGGAGCCCGCUGCUGACCCAGACCCGCUCCACCGCCCUGCACGGAAGAGCUCGGCCGCCGCGUCGCCCAGGGUGACCUUCCCGGGAUGCCGAGUCCCCGCCAGCCUCUCCCCGCGAGGCUCUGAAGGCCCGGGGCCAGGAGUGCCGCGCACCGGGAGCGCUCGCCUUUGUUUGCCGGUGACAGGGACAGUGACAGACGAGAGCUCUCCUCCAGGGCCCCUCCUCCCGGCUCCCAUGGGGACCACAGAAGCCACCCUGCGGAUGGAGAAGGUGGAGGUGAAGGACGAGUGGCAGGAUGAGGACCUCCCCAGGCCGCUCCCAGAAGAGACGGGCAUGGAGUUGCUUGGCAGCCCCGUGGAAGACACGUCCUCCCCGCCCACCACCCUGAACUUCGGGGGAGCUCACCGCAAGAGGAAGACCCUGGUGGCCCCGGAGAUCAACAUCUCCCUGGACCAAAGCGAAGGCUCCCUGCUGUCCGAUGACUUCCUGGACACGCCCGAUGACCUGGACAUCAACGUGGACGACAUCGAGACCCCCGACGAGACGGACUCGCUGGAGUUUCUGGGGAACGGGAAUGAACUUGAGUGGGAAGAUGAUACCCCUGUGGCCACUGCCAAGAACAUGCCCGGUGACAGUGCAGACCUGUUUGGGGACGGCGCAGCAGAGGAUGGCAGUGCCGCCAACGGGCGCCUGUGGCGGACGGUGAUCAUUGGGGAACAAGAGCACCGCAUUGACCUGCACAUGAUCCGGCCAUACAUGAAGGUGGUCACCCAUGGAGGGUACUAUGGCGAAGGCCUCAACGCCAUCAUCGUCUUUGCGGCCUGCUUCCUCCCGGACAGCAGCUCCCCUGACUACCACUACAUCAUGGAGAACCUCUUCCUGUACGUCAUCAGCAGCCUGGAGCUCCUGGUGGCCGAGGACUACAUGAUCGUGUACCUGAACGGCGCCACGCCCCGGCGGAGGAUGCCAGGCCUCGGCUGGCUGAAGAAGUGCUACCAGAUGAUUGACAGGAGACUGCGGAAGAACCUGAAGUCCCUGAUCAUCGUCCACCCCUCCUGGUUCAUUCGCACCGUGCUGGCCAUCUCCCGCCCCUUCAUCAGCGUCAAGUUCAUCAGCAAGAUCCAGUACGUGCACAGCCUGGAGGACCUGGAGCAGCUCAUCCCCAUGGAGCACGUGCAGAUCCCAGAGUGUGUGCUGCAGUACGAAGAGGAAAGACUCAGAGCGCGGAGAGAGAGUGCGAGGCCCCAGCCAGAGUUCCUCCUGCCCAGGUCUGAAGAGAGGGCAGAGGCAGCGUCAGAGGAGGACAGGCCUGACCUGGUCACCGAGGAUCAGGAAACGAGCAUGUCCUGAGGUGGCUGAGCGUGGAGAAGACAAAAGAAGAUUCCAGAUGCCAAGAAACCCGACAGACGCCCUCCAGCCCGCACCUGCUCGCCUCGUCCCUGUCCCCGGCCGGCCCUGUCCCCACCCACCUCUGAGCCCCAGCCUCUUUUCAGCUGCUUCAAAACAUUUUAUUUUAUUUUUUUAAAAACGAGGCCGUGCUAGAGUGUCCGGAGAAGGUCCGGCUCUCGGCUCUUCCCACUUCCAGAGGGCCCUGGUGACCUCUGCCCCUGCCCCAGGCCCUGAGGCUACAGGACACCUCUUGCUGUCCUAGCUGGCCCUGGCCAGUGCUGGGCACAGGCUGAGGUCCCUGUGUCCCUGACGUGGUCCAGGUUGGAGCCACAGACACCCCGGCUCCCUGUUUUGUCCGGUGCCUUUCCUUUUGGAACGUGGCCCCCGCAGCCCGGCCUCAGGCCCGAGGGCCAGGCCUGGGCAUCGCCUGACCUCAGCCUCACUUCCCAGUUCACACCCCUGGAUUGUCAUUCGCCUUGCCCCUGUCACCUCCAAGGACACCCCCUCUCCCUGGGAGACACUGAGCUGAUCGCAUGAGACGGCGCCUUGUCCGGCGGCGAAACCCACCGGCCUCAGUCUAGAACCCGCUCAAGCCCCUUUAACUGGAACGCCACGCCACCGGGCAUCCAACCAGGACCUCCUUCCAAGGGGACAACUGUGCCCCCUCCCUGGCCUGACCCCCGGGCCAGGUUGGGACACACCCCAGGCUUCCCACUGAGGACAGAGGCUGAGAAGCCAGCUCUGCGCCAGGCGGGUUCUGGAAGUGCAGACCUGGGAGAGGAGGCUGCAGGGGGAGGCCGGAGACGGAGGCUUCUGAAGAUGGUGGGAAAUAAGUCCCAGGGUGCUGAGCGGGGGGGCACCCGCGUUCCCAGCUCGGACCUGGUCCUCCUCCAGGGAGCUGGGGUCUGGCGGGUGAAAGACGGACAGACCUGCCGGGGCUAGGCCUCAGGAGGUUCCGUGAGCCCAGGACCCGCAGUGUCUGCUGUCUGCGGAACGUGGCCGCCGCUGGCCCUCCAGGACUGGUCUCUGUCCCUGAUGAACCCAAGCAAAAGUCCAGCAGGCACCUUCCGAGGCCCCUCCUCCUGCCUCUGAGUGGGCGCGUCAGCAAGUGCCAUCGAUGUCCAGGUGACCUGGCCAGGUGAAACGUCCAGCGGGUGUGGACCUGGCCCAGCAGGGGCACUGUGGUGGUCAGGGCCGCUCGGCAGGGCUGCACAACGAGGUGCCACGUGGGACAGUGGCCUCGGCCUCCUGUCCCACACGCCAGCAUCUCCCACCUGGGGACGACGGAGCUUCUGAGGAGCCCUGGGCCUGGGAGCCCGUCACGAGCGACUGUGCUGUGCCGGGGACACUCCUGGGGGACACCCACUUCUGACCUAGGGAGGCUGGACCACGGGGGAUGGAGAUGUUUAAGUCGCCAUUUCCUAGAUGUCAAAUAAAGGACGAGGACAGUGAUGGUGUCCCAGGACAGACAUGUCACCUGGGGCCUGAG